UGGCCACUGUCUGAACUUGAACAACAGACUGCUAUAUUUGAUCCCAAAGAUGAGCUUCCCAUUUCACAAAUGCACAUGGCAUCGCUUGAUCCCACAUUUUAUCAACUCGUGGCCUGCUGAAACCAUCAUCCGUGCUAUUUGUCAUGUCUAGAUCGAUCAUUCCAACUCAGCCUUGGCCAGGCGGUUAUUCAGGGACAUUUCGGUAACUUACACCAAAAGCGGAAGUUCGGAGUCAGCCAGCCAGAGGGACUUCCGGUGACGUCACCUCGAGCUGGGUGAAGCUGCUCGGUGACGUCUCCCUGGACCGCCUUCAGUUGCUCGGUGACGUAUUUCGCGGGCUGUGGUCGGGGCACGUUUCAAAACCGUGCGGCCGAAAGGAAUAAAUCUAACGGUCCAGACCUUGAAUCCAGGAUAAAAUGAUGGCGUUUGGUUCAUCUGGCCAGAACUUCGUUCCGAUAUCUGAUCUUCAUCCAAACUCAGCACGACCUAGUGUGGCUGGAAUAGUGAUUGGAAAAAUUGAUGCAAAAGGAUUUCCAGACCGAAAAAACAUCGGGACAGAAAGAUACACUUUUACUUUCACAAUUCGAGAUUGUCCAGUUUCCUUCAUCAAUGUAGUUUCAUGGGGGAGAGAAGAAUAUGUAAGAGGGCUUUCCAACAGUUUCAGAAUUGGGGACUGCGUUGUGAUUGAAAAUCCACUAGUGCAGGCCAAGGAUAUAGAAAAGGAGGAAAGAUUCAGCCCAUCUACUUCAAGUUGCUAUAAACUUCUAGUCAGUGAGAACUUCUCAAUGGUGAGAUUGUGCCAUGACCUGGACCUUGACUCCAGACUUCUCUCCUUGUUGCAUUUACCUGUGAAAGAUCCUCAGGAUUAUUAUUCACUUGGAGAUAUUGUUCAUAAUGGCCAAAGCCUGAAUGGAAACAUAAUCAAUAUACUGGCAUCAGUCAGAUCGGUAGGGGAGCAGAAAUAUUUUACUACUGCAGACAGAAGAAAAGGACAGCGAUGCGAAGUAAAACUGUUUGACGAAACUGUACCUUCGUUCCUUUUGAGAUGUUGGGAUAAUGAAUCUAUACAGCUUGCACAGACAUGGAUACCCAGGGAAACAGUACUGUUCAUAGCUGAUGUACGAGUAAAUUAUGAUGGUUUUCGCAACACCAUGGCUGCCACUGUGAUCUCUAAAACCAUAAUUACAACAAAUCCCGACACAAAAGAAGCCAACCUGCUGUUUAACUUUGCCAAAGAGUGUGCAGAACAUGGUGAAGAUGAUCCAGAACAAAGAAAUGAAUCAAUUAACUUACAAUCCAUUGUGGAUGUAUUCACUGUCCAGCAGUUAAAAAAUAAAGUAAUGGACAAUGUUGGCAAGGCAGAACCCAUGUAUGGAAUCAUUUUUGCUUAUAUUACUAUGUUUAACAUUGAUUCUGACAGUUCAAAGAUAAUAAAAUCUAAAUGUGGCAGGUGCAGAUUUUUGAUUGAUGUUGGUUCAAAUGCAUGCACAAAUCCUUCCUGUUCAUCUGACACACUGAAUCCCUCAAGUAUCAUCACCAGUUUUGAUUUCUGGCUGGAUGUGUCUGACCAUACAGGCACUCUUCAAUCAUGUAACUUAUCAGGAAACACAGCUGAAAAAACUCUUGGCUACACAACGGAUGAGUUUUGCAGUUUAACAGAAGAGCAGAGAACAUCAUUAAAAUGGAAAUUCCUUUUGGAAAGAUGCAAGAUUUAUCUAAAGUUACUUGCAUCAAGCAGUGCAAGAAAUGGUGUGAGAACAAGCCUGCUUUCCUGCAAAAUAGCUGAUCCUGAAGAGGCCAGUCAGACUUUGUCCACGUUAGCAAUUUUCUGAAACAGCUGCUAAUUAUAUUGCCGAUUCCCUUGGAGUUCAAAUAAUCUACCUCCAAGGAAAACAUAAUGUGCAUAAUGUUUUCAGUUGUCAGUUUAUUUGGACUAAUUAGUCUUUAGAUAAUUUCUUUCAAUUAUUUUGUUGAGACUUAUUAAACAUAAGAAUAUCAAACAAAUGUUUCUGUAAAAAAA